AUGUGUAAGAGGUUUCAGCAUUCGGGGUCAGUCAGAUUCGUAGCAGCUAAUCCCUUCGCGAAGUCACAAGAGCAUUCUAACUUAGCUGUUAAAAGAAAAAGCUUCGAAGCCACAAGUGAAGGGAUGCCUGACAUAGGUAUCCCGAACGAUAAGCUUACGGACUUUUCGAGCCGUAAGCAGGACUGGUACACCGCUUUUCGUUAUCGUCUAUCCUGUCUCGGGCUAGCUGGCUCGUACUGGUCUUCCUACUACUGGUCUACUGGUAUUCCUUUAGACAGAAGGUCAGGGGAACAACCUGCAGGCUCGUAUGCUUCCCUUGCUGCUCUUACAAUGGCGAAUAGACCUGCUGCCCCGUUCUUUCGUAUUCCUUCUACCAGAAUAGGACCCGGACAAAGCCCCAGAGGGUACACCUACUUUACUUACUGGAAAUCCUGCCUUGGACAAGACCUGUGUGCUUACCUGUUCACUCCUACUUCUCCGGCCUGCUAUGCUAACGGUCUUCCUGCUUACGUGCCCAUACCCGCGAAGCUUUCGGAAAGAGGAGAGUUAGAGGUUGAACUUCCCAUUGGUGGUACUUUCCUUAACUAUCUCGUGGAUACCAAAUCCACUUUACUUGAUAGGGCUAUCGGGAAUAGACCGGAGCUUAGGAAGUACCAAAGGGAUAUCUCUCAUGGAACCCCUGAAAAAGAUGCGUUCUGUAGACCAGUAGGACGCUUAUAUGACUACAAGGCGAACCAGCCAGGCAACCGGAUGUUUGUAAGUCUUACUCUUCUCCCCCCCUACACGAAAGACCUGGUUUCGCUCGACUCUAGUGGAAGAUCGAACCUAAUAUCGAAAUUGAAUGAAAGAAGCUCUCUGCUUGCUUACUCACAGGCAGACCAAAGAAGUGACCUGCUUGUAUGCCUGUUUCCGGUUGCUGUUCAAAGGGUAAAAGGACAGAGGAAAGGGAAUAGGUUAUCGACUUUUUAUAAGUACGAUUACGAGUGCCAGCUCUGUUCACGGCUUGCCGGAAUGCUUGCUAAGUGCUUCCCUGUGCUCUAA